GUAAAGUACAUGUCAAAAUUGUCAAAUUAGAAAAAACGUGUAAAGUGCAUUCUUAUUAUUACAAAUAAAUUGUGAAAUAUUGCGUACAUAACUAGUAAUAUGUCCGAAACGAAAAACGCAUUCAAAGAAUCCUUCACUUGCAUUUCUUGUCGAGUAGCGUUUAAGGAUGCAGAAUUGCAACGUUCCCAUUACAAGACCGAUUGGCACAGGUACAAUUUAAAAAGAAAAGUAGCCGAUUUGCCCCCGGUAACGUCGGAGGAAUUUCAAAUUCGAGUGUACAAUCAACGUAAUGCCGAUGAGUUGCAAAAACAAGAUAAGAGCGUGCAUUGCUUGGCUUGCUGCAAAGUGUUCGGCAACCAAAAUGCUUAUGAUAAUCAUUUGAAUUCGAAGAAACACAAGGAGAAUGAGAAGUCUAGGAGCCUUAAUGAUGUAUCAGAAGCUAAUGCCAAAACUAAUGAAAAAAUCGAGAAAGUUAGUCGGGAAUCUGUAUCUGAAGUCGAGGAAGUCGAUUCUGAUGAAUGGGAUGAAUUCAGUGAAAAUCCUAUAGAUAAUAACGAGUGCUUAUUCUGUCCACAUCAGAGUAAUAAUUUUUACAAAAAUUUGGAUCACAUGACUAUUGUUCACUCAUUCUUCAUACCCGACAUUGAGUAUUGCACAGAUUUAGAAGGAUUAUUAAGAUAUUUGGGCGAGAAAGUUUCAGAAGGAUUUAUGUGUCUUUGGUGCAAUGAAAACGGGAAGACAUUCCAUACUUCCGAAGCUGCUAAGCAGCAUAUGGUUGACAAAGGUCAUUGCAAAAUGAUUCACGAUGGUAUAGCAUUGGCAGAAUACGCCGAUUUUUACGAUUAUUCCUCUUCAUAUCCUGAUGCCGAAGAAACUAGUGUAGACACCAAUGAGGAAGUUUCCAUUCCAGAAUUAGACGGUUCAGAUUAUCAGUUAGUUUUACCUUCUGGUGCUGUUGUUGGUCAUCGAAGUCUGAUGAGAUAUUACAAGCAAAGCAUAAAUCCCAACAUGGCUGUGGUUCCUUCUAAGAACAAUAGGAAAUUACAUAAAGUACUAGCACAGUACAAAUCGCUUGGAUGGACAGAAACGCAGCAAGCCGUGGCUGCGAGGAAAGCUAGAGAUUUCCAUUUCUUGAAGAGGAUGCACUAUAAUAUGAGAAUGGGUGUAAAAAAUAACAGCUUACUCCAAAAGCAUUUUAGAAGACAGGUACAAUUUUAAAUACCAGGUUUAUCAGAUACCAUCAUUUUACUUUUGUUAUGCUUAUAAAUAGCUCUACCUUCUUCCUGUUACUUAAUUUGUUAACAGCCU